UUAUGUAGAAACCGCAGUGAACUGGAACGUACCUAUCUGAUUGGUAGUUUCCUCUAGAUUUUUCAGAGUUAUAAUAAAAAAUUUAACACUACACGCAUUUAAGUUCUUUGUGUAUGUAGUUAAGUAGGCAGAGAUUAACAAAGAUCAUGAAUAUAUCUAAUAAAUUGAUAGUUAUUCUUUCUUUUGUUACAGUUUUAAUAGUUACGGCAGAAUGUUCAAUGUGCAAACCAUUAUCCCUGUUCAAAGUGGAUUGUAAUGUUUGUUUUUGCAGUCCCAGCGGCAGACAGUAUUCUUGUGAACGAAAAAUGUGCGAAAAGGUUCCGGACUAUAGUAAGUUUAACAAAGAGUUUGACAAAGAUGGGAGGUUGAUUUUAAGACCAAAAACAAGGUACCAAUCAAAGAACGCUUCUGAGAAUGAUUUUAUAUCGGAUAGGAACCAAGUAAAUUCAAUAAAUACCGAGAAAACUGUAUAAAAAACUGUACCUUAAUAUGAAAUAUUUAAGAUUUUUUGUUAUCUAUACCAAAGACUUUCAUUUUACUUAACAAUUCACAUAAUAAACUAAUUUUUUAUUACUCUAA